AUGGGCACCCAGGAUGCGCAAAGUAAGGAUGGAAGGGAAGGAGGCGGACGGAGGGACAGGCAGGAUGAGCAAGGAGUCCAUAGGAGAGGAGAUUCCCUCGGAAGCAUCGACGAUUAUCACUUGCUAAGCGGUGAGGGGAUCGCUGACAGCGAGUUAAAGGACGUGGAUAAGGAGCUGGAAAGGAUGACAAACAUGGGGGAGCUAAAGGAAAUGACGUCCGAGGAGUUUAGGGAUCUGAUGGGAGGUGACGCGAAUGGAGGAAACCUAAGUGUCCAUUUCAAUCCCCCGAGGAAGUCCCAAAAGGAGAAGAACCCGUCUAGGUUCUCCCAAAUGAGUUUCCUCAACGAUGAUUUUCAGCAAAAGGAGGACUCUCAUUUUAGCAAUCUGAAUUCCAAAUCCAGUCGGAAGAGAGACAGUCACUUGUCAUUGGGGAACAUGCGUAACUCUUCGAUCUUUAACUUAAGCGUAACGGACGACAAUGGAAAGAGGUGGUCACACAAUUACAACUCUGGAGGGAAUGAGAGGUCUCGUGUUUCCCUUUCGCGCACGGAUAAUGCGUAUGAUAGCGAUCUGAUAACGCCUUCUCCGUCGAAGGGGCAGGGGGAAGGGGGGAGCUCCGAGGUGGAGCCACAGAAGGGGGGCCCCAGGAGAAGUGGCGAUCUAAGUAGCCAGGGACGUGAUACACGGAGUGGGAGACGUUCCAUUGACGUGCUAGAGGAGGAGCUAAACAAACUGAAAAGAGGCUUCCUGCUAAACAAUGGGGAAAACAGUCACAUGAGUGACAAAUCGAAUGAAGAUCCCCUGGAGGGAGCAUACGUAAGCGAUUCUGAAUUUUUAAAAAGAACCUCCCUAGACAAGAAAAUAAGUGUUGACCUGAAUUUUGGAAAUGAUGAUUCAUUGACUAACAGUAGAUUAUCAAAUGGGAGCUGCUCUUUAUGGGAAAGCAGAAUCAGCAACUCUAGGAAGAUACGAGUAAAUAAUGAGACGCCAAAGAAAGGAAUCCUAAAACAGAGCAACUCUUUUUCCCCCAUAAAGGAACUACCAGACAAUAUUAGUGCACGAAAGAAGUCGGUGCAGUUUUCCCAUAGAUCUAUUGCCGUUUUCGAUGACAAAGAGAAAGUAUCACCUCUACAUCUAACUCACUUUACUAGAAUUUCUAGCGAUUCUAAUAAGUCCGAAAUGAAACGGAGCAAUGCAUCUAACGAUUCUAAUUCGGAUAAAGAGAAGGUCGACACAUUUCAUGAAAAUUUGGCUAAUAGCAUGGAUAAGUCCCCAAUCGAUGAGCUACUCUAUCGAUAUGACAGUUUUAGCGGUGUGAAAAGAAGCUCCAUUGGUUACCCGAUCGAUGGAAAUGCACCUGAUGAUUUCAUCAGGAGAAUGUCCUCUGAAUCUUUGCGAUUUAAGACGAAGACAUCUGUGGAUAUGGUUCAGUCGGCUCGGCUAUCCCCCAUUAAGAAUAGAUCUAAGGGGGUCAGCAGCAGAAAGAGUAACCCUCUGGAUGGAGACAAUCACGAGGGGAAGGAGGAGAAUCAGGGGCAGGACGAGCAGGAGGACGUUCUCCAUAAAUUGCUAACCACAGACAUCGACAAUAUAAAGGAAGAGGAUUUCCUAAAAUUUAGCCUCCUUAGCGACUCCGGGGAGUUUAGAAGCUACGGGCGGGUGGAUAGCGGCGAGAAGACGUAUGAGAGGGCCCCCAGUGAGCGCUCCAAGGGGGGCGCAAGAGUGACGCAUAGGGGAGAAUCACACAAAGGUGUAGAGGCAGAUGAAGCUGAUGAAGACGGGGCGCAAGGCCAUAUGGAGGACAAAUCCAUCCAUCGAAGAGAAGGAGACAAGAGUGAAGUGUUUUAUGAGUGUAAUGACAGUGUCGUUUCGGUGGCGAGGAGAGCGGCAGCGGGAUCGACGGGUGAAGAGGGGACUAAGAGCAACUGCAGGGUGAAGGAAGAGGAGGGGAAAGCUAGAAGCGGACAGGAAGGGGAGGAGCCGGACGACCCACUCGAUGCGAAAAAAUCCACCAGUGCAGAAGCGCUGUGUAAGGAGGAGGAAUUGAGGCACGACACUCACGUAGGAACUAUCGGUAGGAAGUCCACCAUGGAGAGGCUUCCCAUCGAGGAAGCAGUGCCGAAUACGGAGAACGUCACCAUACAGUAUAGGGCGUCCACACAUAGGCGCAGCGAACACGCGAAGGGGGUCAGCACAGAGGACGCUUCGCCUCAGGAGGACAAGGCGAAGGAGAACCGAGGUGAAAGCGGAAAUUCAGCAGAUGGUGACGCUCAUGCUGCGAGUGGAGGUCACUUGGGAGGAGAGGCGCAGCCGAAUGGGCAGUCGAGUAGGCAGUCGAAUAGAAAGCCAAACGGACAGCCGAAUAGGCAGCCAAAUGCACUGCCGAACAAGGGGGACGAACCCAAUUUGAGGCGGUUCGCUGAAGGUAGGAAUGCCACCAAGAGGGAGACGAUAAACGUAGGGCUAGCCUCCAGGGAGGCGGAAAAUCAAGAGGCACAGAAAAACAGUUUUAGGGUGGCCAAAGCGAACAGGAGAGCUAGCUACAGUGUUAGUAUGCAUGCCAGGGACGAUGAGGCGCAGACGAGAUUCAGGGACAGGAAGAGCCUAAACGAGAGGGGAGAAACGGCUGGGAAGAGUGUGCAGAUGGGGAGGCUUUCGGGGAAGCCCCAAGUGGGCGCCGCGAGUAGGAUGAGCCUGCGGGGGGAUAAUAAAGUGGUGGAGGAGGAGGGCGGAGAAGGGAGAGAAGCUGAAGAAGUGGAAGAAGUUGAACACGUGGAAGACGUGGAAGAAGGGGGAGAAGCCGAUGAAGUACCAGAAGCGGAUGAAGACAAAGAGGCUGUGCUUCGAAAGGCGGAACUGUUUAAUCGGGGGGGAGGACAACAAUACACGCAACAAAGGAACUACGAGGGGGAGGAGGUCCACGUGGAGGAGGGCCCUUUGCAGGUGGCGUGGGAAGAGCCUGGGCAGGUGAAGGCCCGAGGCAGAUACACUACGCACAUCGGACAGGGAGCCUUCCGGGGAGGAUCCAGCGACGACCUCCAAGAGAUGGUCAAUCAGGGAAGGGCCAAUUCGGACGAAGGGAACUAUAAGAAGUAUGUGUAUGACGAGGUGGAGCGGGGUGAGGAGGACGUAGGAGAGGGGUUCCCCAUGGAGGAUGAUUUAGACCUCGCCGCGGAGGAGGAGGCGUUUCGCAGCGCUGAUAUGGAGCCCUACGGGGAGGGGGAAGAGAUGCACGAGGAGGAAGCAGAACAGAGGAACCUCAUGGAUGACGCAGAACAGGGGAACUUCAUGGAUGACGAAGAACAAAGAAACCUCCUGGAACAGUCGCGACGAAGACGGAGGGAAGAGAACCAAGAACUGAAAAAAAAGCUGAACGAAAAUUUGAUAAAAAAACAGGAGAUGAUAAAACAGAUGACCCUGGCAAUCGUCCGAAGGUGUCGGAUCUCCUCCCUGAGGGAGCUAAAGAGUAACCGAAGAAAUCUUACAAACCUCAUGCAGCUGUACCAGCACAUACGAGACAUGAUGUUUUCAUUCGUCGGGAAGAUAAACCAUCUGAACAAUGUAAGCGUCAAAUUGGAUGAUGCCAUUCUAAAAUAUGAAGUGACACAGCUCAGAUGUAGCAGAACGAAGAAAGCAAUUGAAACUCUAAAAAAGUAUAACGGAAAAAUGGAGAUGAAGGUAAAGGAGAAAAAGAAUCUACUGACGAAACAGGACAAUGUGUUGGAUAAAAAAAUGAAGAAAAUAGAAGAGAUGACAAAGGAGCUGACAAAAUUGAAGAAUAUAUACAAUGAAGGGUCUUCAAGAAAGCAGGAGAUUCACUUAAUCAACCUAUACAAGAGAAAGAUGGACGAGCUGAAGAGUCUCGAAAUGGUUAAGGGUCUGAUCAUCAAUAACUUCAAUAAAUAUGGGAUCAAUUUCGAGGUACUCAACUGUAACUACUACAAUUUUGCCACUCUGUAUGAUUACGAACGUAUGGAUUCAUUUUUCCUUCGCCAAGGAGAAGGAGACGUCUUGAUGAAUGGGUUAGAUCCAAACGGGGAAGAAACGGGACAAAACCAGCAGAAGGGACAAACAACAAGCGGUGUCGCAACGGGGGGUGCUAUCCCGGGAAUGACAGCCACGACCACCCAUGGGUCAGUCCCUACACAGGAGGAACACCUCAGAAAGGGGAACAAUCCACCUCUGUACGACAUAAGCGAUCUCUACGAACGAGGGUGCAGACUGAGAAGCAGUAAUAAGAAGGGGAAGAGAAGCGCAACCAUUCUUAACAGCCAAGUGUCAGAAGAGGACAUGAAUUGUGCAUGGCCAUAUAACAUUACCAUUGAUAUCAUUUUCUGCAAUAUGAACAAUGUGGCGUUGCAGAAAGAGACGGACAAUUAUAUGGUUUCAUCUCCAGUGAAGAUAAAAAAUAUGAAGCAUCUCAUUGCGAAUAAGAUGCACCUGUUGGGUGGGGAAAGCGGAGGAGUGGCAGGUCCCAGCGCGGAGGCAAAUAGAAAGUAUAUCAAACUUUUCCGGCCCUACAAAAUACAGACCAAUUCGUUUGAUAACUUUAAGGACAUCACUUUGACGACGUAUUACAAAUAUAUAAGUAGCGACACUUUGUAUCUGCACAUCUGGAAUAAGCGGCACGACAGGGAGAGUUACUCUCUUAGGGUAAAUAACCUAAAAGAUGAUGGCAGACAGAAGAGGAGAAAACAGGCGCACCUUCUGAGGAAAGAUAUGGAGUUCUACUCGUACUACUGCAGUGAUAGCCAUGUCGGCGUGGAGUGGAAAUUGCAACUGGAAAUUGUUAAGUAUAAGCUCCUGGAGGUGGUUAAUAGGAGGCUCCAGAGGUAUACCAAUCGGGAGAGUGGCAACCUCGUCAGCGGCAAUGCAAAUAAUGUGCACCAUAGGCAUCUGAACGCGAAUGAUCCAAUCUUCCAGCAGAAGGCCGAGGCGGGAACGGCGAAGCCAAACAAAGAGGCCCUCAUGUACCUCGUGGAGGAGGCCGAGUACGCCAGCAUCAUCCUGAAUAAUGUCCUCAGUCAGUACAAGCACCUACUGAAGUGUUUCCUCUGUUUGUCAAACACCUUUUUCGAUUACCACCAAGACGUCGUCAUCUUCAAGACGAUCGUUUUGUCUCAGCAAAUUUGUCCACACGCAUUCUGGCUCUACCUCUACAUCAACCUUGAGGAGGCGUUCACCUUCGCUUCGCUGCUCCACGGCAUCGUCCAGGUGAAGGUGGAGAGCGUCGACGAGGACGACAAAUACAGCGAAGAGUGUAAAACGCUGAACAGCAACAUCGUCAAGACGCUGCAGCAGUGCAUCUUCGCCCUCAAGUCGAAGCCCCUGGAUCUCUCCGAGAGGAUAAACUCCUACAACGUCGUGGACGUGAUCUACGCCGUCGUCAUGAAUGAGAACUACAACUUCCACAGCUACCAGAACAACCUGGAAGACAACAUAAAAAAGUUGACGUCGUGUGAUACAUUCAUAAACGGUGUUGUGAGUAAGAACAUCGUCGUCCCUAUAGAGAUUAAGAAGUGA